AUGAGUGACGGGCGAAAAAGGCUAAGUGGAGCAGGUUACCGAAAAAAUGCAAAAAUUAGGCGUGAAAAACAAGCCAGGGAGCUUGAACAGACAGGAAAAAUUGAACUGUUUUUCGCGAAACCUGUGGCUUCUUCUAAAACUGAGCAGGGUGAGGAGGUAGUUGAAGAUUUAACUGCUGACAUCUGUGAAACUGAUGUUGCUACAUGCAGUUAUGAUACUUCACUAGCUACCAGUAGUACUAGUAUUGCCAGAGAAACUGAGACUUCUGAAUCAGGUCCUUCGAGUUCAGUGGAAUUUGAUGAUCCUUUUGUACAAAUAGGAGUGAGCUCUGACCCUGCUGAAUGGGUUUUAAAUGACUGCACCAGAGACCAUGUGGCUAAACAUGGAAUAAUUCAAAAUGAGAAUCUGGACUUUACACAGUCGAGAAGGCUGUAUGCUGACCAUUCUAGGUUGCUAACUAAACACCUUUUUGAAAAAGAAAACUUUAAUGGAGAGAAACAAAAAAGCACCUAUUUGGUUUACUCCAAAAGCAAAGGAGUAGUGUUUUGUGCUCCAUGUCGUUUGUUUGGUGGCAAAUCCCAGUUGGCAGAAAGUGGCUUCAAUGACUGGAAAAAUGGCACGGCUCGAUUAAAUGAACACGAGCGUUCAGCUGAACACAAAUCCUGUGUGCUAUCUUUAAAAUCAAGAGCAUGUACACUGGGGAGAAUUGAUGAAAGUCUUACCAAGCAGCGUUCUGAUGAAAUUCAAUAUUGGAGAAAUGUUUUAAAAAGAGUUGUUGCUGCAGUUAAGGCACUUGGCACUCGAGGACUUGCUUUCAGAGGGAAAGAUGACCGUUUUGGUUCCACACACAACGGAAACUACAUGAUGAUGUUCGAAUUUCUGUCAGAAUUUGACCCAUUUAUAGCAGAACACAUUGCCCGUUACGGCAGUGCAGGAAAAGGAGUCACAUCUUACCUCUCAUUCACUACCUGUGAGCAGUUUAUUCAGCUUAUGGCAGAUUCUGUUACAAAGCAGAUAGUUAAGGAGGCAAAGGCUGCUAAAUAUUACUCUAUCAGUGUUGAUUCAACACCUGAUAGCUCCCACACGGAUCAGCUGGCCUUCAUCUUAAGGUAUGUCAAGGAAGAUGGCUUACCGGUUGAGCGCUUUCUACGUUUUAUUCCAAAUCCUGGACAUAAAUCGGAACAACUGGCUGAAGUGGUCUUCACCACUCUUAAGUCAUAUGAUCUUGAUAUUGCCAACUGUCGUGGUCAAUCAUAUGACAAUGCAAGCAAUAUGUCUGGCCAUUAUAGAGGAUUGCAAGCCAGAAUUCUGGAAAGAAACCCACUUGCUGUGUAUAUUCCAUGCUCUGCACACUCUUUGAAUUUAGUAGGAAAGCAUGCUGCUGAAAGUUGUCCUGAAGCCUGUUCAUUCUUUGGUCUCCUACAAUACCUUUACAUUUUUUUUACUGCUUCCACUCACAGAUGGGAGAUUUUACAAGAACAUUUAUCAUCUGUGCCAAACACUCUAGCGGUAAAGAGAUUAUCUGACACACGGUGGUCAGCCAGGGAAGAUGCCUGUCGAAGCUUAAAUCGAAAUUGGACUCAAGUAAUCGAAGCUUUAACACAAAUUAAGGAAAAUACCACAGAGGCACCAGGAACCUGCAAGGAAGCUGAAGGUCUUCUGAAUAAAAUACAGCGUCUGGAGACUGCACUUAUGAGUGGUUUGUGGAGUACUAUCCUGGAUAGAUUUGGUGCAGUUAGCAAAAAACUCCAAAGCAUUGGCAUUGAUGUUGGAAUUGUAGGGGAGCUGUAUGAGUCACUGAUCCAGUUUGUUCGAGAAACCAGAGACAUAUUCCCGACUUUCGAAGCUGCUGCAAUGGAAAAAUCAGUUGUGAAGGAUUAUGAGUCUAAAAGGAAAGGUGUACAAGCAAGGAAAGGUUCAGCAACUUCCAGCAAGACACAGGCAGAGGUAGCCCAAGAAAACUUUCGCAUUAACACCUUUUAUGUUAUUUGUGACAACUUAGUUGCUGAACUUAUGAGAAGAAAAACGGCAUAUGACUCUUUCUUUGGAAAGUUUAAAUUCAUUACUGACCUAUCAAAAACUGAGCCAUCAGCAAUUUCACAGCAUGCAAAUAACCUUUGUUCUUCUUACAGCAAAGACUUGGAACAGGAGUGUUUUGUUGAUGAGUGCCUCCACUUUCGGUCAUACUUCAUAAAUUAUUCUGCAGAAGAUACCUCUGUUCUGGCGAUGUCCCGAAUGAUAAGAGAGAGAGGAUUGCAAAGUAUUUAUUUAAAUGUGGACAUUGCUCUCAGAAUGUUUUUGUGUACUGCAGCAACAAACUGCUCAGCUGAGCGUUCUUUCUCGACUUUGAAGCGAGUGAAGAACUACUUGCGAUCCAGAAUGGGGGAGGAAAGAUUGAACUCCCUGGCAGUGUUGGCAAUAGAGUCUGAACUCACAAAGUCUUUGGACUAUGAUGAGCUUAUCAACAGCUAUGCCACACAGAGAGUUCGGCGAAAGCCACUUUAG